AUGGCGGGCGAGGAGGUCUUCGGCAAACUGAAGGCCGAGUUGCCCAGAACCGGGGGCAUGCUGAAGCGAUCUAGCACGGUAUGGCACCUGCUGAACGAGUUGCUGCAAUCCUUGAGCGACCCCAAGGUGGUCCAAAAGAAGUUGGAGUACAUCGCCCUGCGCCAUAUGAAUGCAGACAUCACUACAGCUGAUGUGGAGGUGUUCAAAGGCAUCCUCCUCGAAGUGUGUGCCUCGAAGUUGGGAGGGCUCAUGACCCCUGAGUUUCAGUUCGGCCUUGGCCAGAUCAUCGUUGCAGUGGGUACGUCGCUGGCGAAAACACACGAGCAUUAUGCGCAGCGCCUGAAGCUUCUGACAGGCUGCUGGAAGGAGGUAAACGUCACUGAGGACGAUGAGGCCGAUGGGAACGCAGAGGAGCAGCACGAGCACGCCGAAGGCCACGGAGAAGGCCACGAGGACGCGCAGCAAGACCAAUCAGAUGCUGCUUUAAACAACAUGGAGAAGGGCGAGAAUGAUGCCCAUGGGCAGUGGAGAAAGGAUGACAACAUGAACAUUCCGAAGACCUUUGCAGCCAUGGCACGUUUCAAUGCUGCCGUCAUGGGUACAGGCGACCGUAUGUGGUUUGCCGACCUCCUGUACUCCAUGGAGUCACUGGUACCCCACAUUGGCAACAUCGACCGAGUCCAGGAAGAAUGCGACGUUCUCACUCUGACGCUGGCAAAGUACGAGAAGGUAAACCUGAAGGAGUUUCGCUCCGUGAUGUUCGCCAGCCUGAGGUCGCUUCUGCCUUCCAGUUGGAGCCUGGAGCAUGAGAACGCCUGGUCUUGGUUCUGGAGCAUUGUGGAGAAGCAGGUCGAGGAGAAAAGGGCGAUCGCAUCACACCACAAUCAGUGUUUGAAGUCGUUUCUUGCACGCAUGGACGAGGAAGCUACCGACACCUUCAAGCUCAAGGUCUUCGACACCUUCUUCGCAAACUGCGAGGAGUCGCAGCUGUACCUGCGCGCGGCGAACAAGCGCUUGAUGUACAUCAUGGGACGGAUUUUGACGAUCAUGGGGGACAUCUACAGCAAGACCCACCAGGCGGUCAUCGCGCUGUCCGGCUUGGGUCUGCUUCACGCGGGUCAUGGGGUCCCUGAGGACUUGGUGCGGCCUUUUGUCGCGGCGUUUAUGCUUUGCAUCAAGGAAGCCUGUCCAGAUGAGUCUCUCUACGAUGGGCUUUGGUGGACUCUGGACCUGAUCGGCAGGAUUUUUAUCCGGACCCUGGCAGAGGGGUCUACACCGGUGAUUAUUGCGAUCAACAAGAACACCUCCAAGGAACUGAAGGCUGCCGUGGCAAAUGCACCUCGCGGGGAGCGCGAAGUGAUCUUGCUCAAGGUCCAGGUCGGCAACGAGUCUAUGUCGCCACUGAUUUGGGCAAUUGAGAAGGGUGCUUUGGAGUCCGCUGGGGCGAUCCUCAAGGACUUGCUCACUAUGCGUGCAGACCGAGGACGCUACUACUAUGGCAUGGAGGCGAUUUGGGUCCGCCAUCCGGACAUCAUCACCCUGCUGUGCACCAAGGCACCGUCUCUGCUCGCAACGCUGUUGGAUGGCCUGAUCUGGCGUUCGAAGAACGUGAAGGAAGGCCUGCGCCGUGUGAACUACUAUAUCAGCUCCAUGCUCGUUAGCGAUGAGGGCCUGCUUACCAACUCGCUGCUGGACCUGAUCAAGCACGGCGACCCAGAAGUCGUGUGCCACCCUUCCGCCAUCUUCCAGGCCGACUUGCUGUGGGUGCGGCUUUGUUGUUUGCCGUGGGCUCUCACGAAGCUGUGGUUUUGCGUGACCCUUGUCGUGUUCUGCCUGGCCGAGCAGUAUGGCAUCGUGACGACUGAUGUUCACAGUGACGAGCGAUUCACUGUGAUUGCAUGCCGGGCGUUCCUGUACUUGUUUAGCCUCGGCCAACUCUUUGCCAAGCACGCCGUUCAGACCUACCGGGCUGUUCGCCGCAGGCAGAUGAGACGGCUCAUGUGGUGCGUGCAUGUACCGGCUUACCUACUACAGACACGCCAGGAGAUGAUCGAAGCCAUUCUGAUUCUCCUUCUCCUUUGUAUGCUCUGCUGCGAGCCUGUGCUUCACUGCCUUUCUGUCAGUAGCGAUUGGCUUACGGAUUGCUGUGAAUAUGGCGAAUGGUACUGCGCUCUGACGCACUCCUACAACCGACUCGCUGCUUUCCCGAUGCUCCUCUACUUCGUGCUCGCCUCGGAGUUGGUGCACCUGAACGUGCAGCUCUCGGUAUUCAGUGUGAUCUGUGCCAGCCUCGUGUGGGAGUUCCUUCUGUAUGUGGCGGUUCUGAUCUUUUUCACAGCAGCUUUCGCUUCGGCUGUGGCUUGCUUGCCCCAGUCCUUGGGCACGAACUCCAUACAGCUGCGAGACUUCUUCGGUUGGCCUUUGGCUUUCGAGUCGAUGUUGUCAAUGGCCUUCAAUUCCUAUGGAGGCAAUAACUACGAGGAGAUCUCCGUCGCAGACGAACCAUUGCUGAAAUGGUUUGUGAUGGCCUUCGCUGCGUGUUGGCAUGUGUACCUCAUGAAUCUCAUGGUUGCACAGUUGUGCCAGCGCUACAACGACAUCUUCCACGACGCGAGGGGCAAUGCACGACUGACGCGUGGCAUCAACAUCUACGAGACCUCCAUGCCGUUGAUCUCCAAGAAUCGGUGGGCUCGUUUCGUCGAGUCGCUGCGGCUGGGGGAAGCCUGCGAGCUGGACGAAGGCGAUAACGGCCCUCGAGGCGCGGUGCCGACCGUCGAGAACCCGCACCUCGACUUAGGGUUUAGUAGGGUUUGGGGUUGA